CCCGCACAAAGGGGGCCAAGGAGGCAUUCAUCCUACCCAUUGAUCAUCACCCUACCGCUGCACCAUCCUCUACUUCCGCGAUAGCUGGAACGAUAAGCUGCGAAUUCAGACGCAAGGGUGCGUCGCCUCCUCUGCGACGAUGCACGUCUGGCUUCGGCAGUCGCCGCGAUGUCUCUACCUCGUCAAUUCCACCCUCUCCGCCCAGAGCGGAAGGUCAGUCCUGGUCAUCUCUACCGCGGCAGCCGGUGCGGCCUCGAACACAACCAGCUACGGUGGGGAGUCCUCUUCAUCAUCGUCCUCGGCGAUGAAUGCAGCGAGGGCGGUAGUGGAGAUGGUCUCCAUACAGGACGUCGACUUUACUAGCUGCGUCAGAUUGACAGAGGAUGAUGCAAUGGGGCACACGCCGGCUGGCUGCCUGGGGCUAAUGAACGUCGCCAGUGACCUGUUCCUGUGUGUAGUCACGCAUGCCUCCGAAGUGGGGUCCAUCCGACCAGGAGAAGUGGUCAAGUCAAUUGGCUCCGUUGCCUUCUUCUGCGUCAAUCGCCCGACCUGGGACGGACUCGAUGCUCCGGAGCUGCUCAGCCAGACAGGCUACAUGGAGAAUGGAGGUGCCCUUGACCCGUACGAUGCCAUUCUACCUCAGUCCUCUUCAACUGCGUCCUCUGGGCCAGUCGAGCAUCCUUGCGCAAGUCUGAAGCGACUAUUGGGGAUGGGAUCGUUCUACUACGCCGCCAACGGAUCUUUUGAUAUCUCGACUCGCCUCGAGAAGCGGCUUUCUAGGCAUCCCCAUCAGACGCACGACAUUUCGCAGUACGACGGGCGGUUCGUCUGGAACACCUUUAUGAUACAUCCCCUGAUGGAGUUCAGGAAUAGGCUCGAGCAGCCAGAGAGGGAUAGGCUCGACGAGGAAGGGCUCUUCCUUCUAGCUAUCCAAGGCUAUGCUGCCGUCUUCGAUAUGACACAGUCUCAUCUCGCUGGAUCUAGCAGCUUACCCAGCAAGCCCACUUCCAUUGCUCUGGUCAGCAGACUCAGCUGGAAGAGAGCUGGUACGCGCUUCAACACGCGGGGAGUAGACGAUGAUGGCAACGUUGCCAAUUUUGUGGAGAGCGAGACCAUCCUGAACCAUGAAGGCGUCUCCAUGAGCUACGUUCAGCUACGAGGUUCGGUCCCGCUCUUUUGGGAGCAACAAGGAUUGCAGACCUUCUCAGCUCGGAUUCAGGUCACUCGCUCGAGGCAGGCCUCUCAGCCUGCUUUCGAUCGGCACUUUGCCGAUCUACUCUCGCAUUAUUCUCGAGUCCACGCACUGAAUCUACUCGGUGCGAGAGAUGCAGAGACAAUCCUAUCUGCCGCCUACGCUGAGCACAUUCGCAUGUCUGCUGCAGUAGAGCUAGCCACGCCCCCUGCAGAUGAAGCAGAGGCAGAGGGUCUGGAUCAGGAGGAGAGGAUAGGGAUCACCAACUUCGACUUCCACGCUGUCAAUCGAUUGUCGGGUAGUCUGGACGGGGUCAGAUCAGAGUUGAAGCUGCUGGGUCCUAUCAGACUGAAGAGAGAGGCAUUCUCUUGCACGAUUGUGGAUAGCGCAGGCACAGUCAGAAGACGCCAAAACGGGGUGAUUCGGACAAAUUGCCUGGACUGCCUCGAUCGCACCAACGUAGUCGAAGCAUUCCUGUCCGAAGCGGUCCUGGAAGAGUUCCUCGACAAGGCCGGACGGCAUAGAGAGAGCUUUCAGCCCCUUGGCGGUAGUUCUCAUCCUCUCUGGGCUCAUCAUCGCGUUCUUUGGGCCGAGAACGGCGACGCACUCUCGCGCAUCUACGCCGGCACAGGCGCCCUCAAUACGACUUACACACGUACAGGCAAUGCAAAGAAGAGUAUAGGCUCCUUCUUGAGCGAUGCUGCCAAGAGCGCUGGCAGGAUGUACAUCAACAACUUUCAAGACAAGGGAAAGCAGAAUGUCAUCGAUGCGCUGCUGGGCAACAUGGCGAAUCAAAGAAGUGUAGAGGUGUAUGACCCACUGCACGACUCAGUUGCGUCGGAGCUGACCUCACGCUUGGACGAGUACUCUACCAAAUCUGAAAUCAACGUCUUUGUUGGGACAUGGAAUCUCAACGCCAAGGCGCCUGGCGAGAGCCUCCUGCCAUGGCUGAUGCCUCCCGGCAUGACCGAGGAGCCAGACGUCUACGCAAUUGGCUUCCAGGAGAUCGUCCCUCUGUCGCCUCAGCAGAUCCUGUUGACAGACCCAGCAAAGCUUCGAGUGUGGGAAGGUGUCAUACUUGACACGCUUGGCCGACGACCCGACAAGCGAUCUGACUAUCUCAUCAUGCGCAGCGAGCAACUGGUCGGGACCGCGCUUGUCAUACUUGUCAAGUCAUCCGUGGUUGGACAUAUUCGACAGGUGGAAGCGACGACCCGCAAGACUGGUCUCAAAGGGAUGAGCGGCAACAAAGGUGGAGUCGCCAUCAGGCUGACAUUCCACGACUCUACAUUCUGCUUUGUCACUGCCCACUUCGCCGCCGGCCAUUCGAAUGCAGAAGAGCGCAAUGCUGAUUAUUGGACAAUCCAACGAGGUCUCAACUUCCAGAGGGGCAAAAACUUAGUAGGGCAUGACCAUGUCAUCUGGCUGGGCGACUUCAACUACCGCAUAGAUCUACCCAAUGAUCGAUGUAGAGCCCUAGCUCAGACGGAUGAUUACGAGGCAUUGGCUGCUCACGACCAGCUCCGCAGGGCUCAUUACUCAGGAGCCAUUUUUCCAGGGUUCGAGGAGGGACAGGUGGGAUUCCGCCCCACCUACAAAUACGAUGUCGGCACAGACGUCUACGACUCUUCGGAGAAGCAACGUGUGCCUGCCUGGACAGAUCGUAUUCUUUACAGCCGCAAUGCGCAUAGCAGCGAGGCUAGUGGCAGGGGCCACCAGCUCAAUCAAACCUCAUAUUUCAGAGCAGAGAUCAAGACGUCGGACCAUAGGCCUGUGUAUGCUACGUUCAAGGCGGAGGUGAGAAUAUUCGAUCGCGAGAAGCGGAAUGCGAUGAGGAGGGAAAUUCUCUCUGCUGCAAAAUCGAGGCAAGCGAGGGGGCUGGGCGGUCCGCCUGUUUUGGGUGUCGCCGGCAAGGAGCGCUCGAGGGCUGCCAGCUAUUCUUCUGACCUUGACGAUGACGAGGACGACGAGCACUUGCCUGCUCCAUCGGGAGAUGCACCAGGUGUGCACAAUUGGUUUGACAACGAUGCGUCUUCGAUCUCCAGUGGGUCUACAGACUCUUCGACUGGCGACGAAAGCGAAGAUGAUUCGUCCUCGGACUCUUCAACACAUCGCAAUGGUCGAAACGACUUCAAUCCGUUCCGCGCGAAGACGAGAACGCUCAUCCUCCGCCAUAGCGCGGACAGUCGCAGUGAUUCUGGUCUGUCGUCUUCCUCUCCACCUGAGCACCCAAGCUCGGUGACGACGACCAAGGCCGGCUCCAGUGCACUAGCACCGACAGGACGUAGAGACCCUCCGCCGGCACCUCCGCGAUCGGGUGGUGCACCUGUUGUUACCCCUGUGAGCUACGUGCCACGCAAGGCUCCUCCCCCUCGUCCUUCGGUCCCUUCAAGCGCCAUUUCUGCCGCUUCGAGUGCUGGUCACCCUGCUGUUGGUGCUGGUGCGGGCACAGCUGGAGAGUCUCAAGCUCCACCGCUGCCCAGCCGGCGACCGGAUUUUGCGAGGAGCACAAGUCAUUCGAGCGUGAAGAGUGGGAAGUCAUUGUUGGAUGAUAGCGACUGAGCUGGAAUUGGGAGAGAUCGACGGUGUGAAAGGGCUUGUAGUCACUUGUAACAUACAUACCAAAGAGAAAGAAGUGUGAAUCUUUACGAUCU